AGAGCAUACUGUGGCUUGGUUACGAUCACACUGACUGCCGUGCUGAGAGAUAAUAUGUUAGAGGAGCCAGAGAACGUGGAUUUCUUGACCAUAUAACAACUGUUUUUCACCUGGUAUGGAAUACAAGACUAUUCGGAAGGAAACAGCUACAUAUCUUCUGCCUUCUUGUCAGGUUUUCUUUUUGCCAAAGAAAUCAACUUGAAAAUACCGAUUCAAGAAUUUUGUUGUGAUUGUCAUUCUGGCCCCUGCUGACACAGCACGUAGGACACUGAACACAAUUGGGAUUUCGGCUGGGCAAACAAGUAAACUCAGAAGACAAGACAGAAAGGGAGUGAUUGACAGCUAUGGCCAGGGAGGAAUUCUAAAUAUUUUUCCUGAAUAUAAUUUUUUUGUGAGACACAUCCGCUGCUUCUACUGCUGCGUAGGUGCAUAUUAAUGUACUUCAGACAAAAUUACAUAAGAGUUUAAACUUUGGAACAUUUUACCACACACUUUUUCUUUCACUGUAGCAUGUUUGUUUUCAUUCCAAGUUGUCCAAAGUGACACAUCCCUACAGUAGAAUCAAUCAGAGAUAUUGGAGUAAACACGCCAGGUUCAGUCAUGCACAGCAGGUCGGUCACCUUUGACCUCUCCAUGCUGUUGGGGGUGUUGCUGUUGUGGGGGCCGAUGGAGUCCAAGGGUCAGAAUGACACAGAGCCCAUCAUCCUGGAGGGGAAGUGCCUGGUGGUGUGCGACUCCACUCCUUCAUCCGAGCCCUCCGGGAACGCCCUGGGCAUGUCGGUGCGCUCCGGCUCCGGGAGGGUGGCCUUCUCCGCCAGCCGCCAGACCAACCACGAGCCCACAGACAUGAGCAACCGCACCAUGAUCAUCUACUUUGAUAAUAUUUUGGUGAACGUGGGCAAUCAUUUUGACCAGGAGAGCAGUGUGUUCCUGGCGCCAAGAAGGGGCGUGUACAGCUUCAACUUCCAUGUUGUAAAGGCCUACAAUAGACAAACUAUUCAGGUCAGCUUGAUGUUGAACGGCUGGCCUAUGAUUUCAGCUUUCGCCGGAGACCAGGAUGUGACCAGAGAAGCCGCCACUAACGCCGGCCUGGUGAUAAUGGAGAAGGGGGACAAGGUUUACCUCAGAUUGGAGAGAGGAAACCUGAUGGGAGGCUGGAAGUACUCCACUUUCUCCGGGUUUCUGGUGUUCCCCCUGUGAUGUGUUAGAAAGGUGAUGGAAAGGGAAUCGGAGGUCGCAGUUGUGAGAAAGAAGCAGAAAAAAAAAAAAUUGAUUGAAGAAAUGGAAGGCUUCAAUCUGAAACUCUCGGAAAGAUGUGUUUUAUGCAAAAACAAGAUGAAGAUUGUGCAAAUUAAGAUAAUUCUCACUUGAGACCAAAAUAAAAGAAGGAUCAGAGGUUAAAACAUGAUUCAUUUUGCACUGUUUCUGUGUAUACAUAUUUGUUCGGUUAUAAGAGAUUCAAUUAUAAAAUAGCCAAUGCGCAAAGUGUGCUUCUCUGCUAAAAUUAUAUUUUAUUGUAUAAGUGUUUGCAACAUUGCUGUGCUCCACAUGGCAUCCUGUCUAGUUUACAAAUGUGCCCUUUGCUCUGUUGUGUUUUAUGACUGAUGCUCCUCUAUAUGCCUGUUAGUCUCCUGCAAAAUGUUCAUUUAUAUUUCUUUUAAAGAGAAAAUAUUGAAAUAAAAUCCUAUAAUAUUGGCUCAA